AUGGCGGCUCCGAAUCCGACCGGCGGCGCCGGCGAGGGCCUGCCGAUGCCCUCGCGCAACCCGCUCCCCUUAUCGGCAUCCCAGGAGGCGCAGAUCAGAGAUAUCUACCACCAGCGUGUACGCAGCGCCUGUGCGCCCGAAAUCAAGGGUAACGUUUCCCCCGUCUCCUCCACCAACCCCUCGUUCCCACCAUUCGCAGAUUGCGCUCUCAACAGGACAUUCACCGUGUCCUUCGUCUGCAGCGACCAGCUGCGCGCGAUGAAUGGGUGCAUGAAGGCGCACGCCACGCCACAGAACCACGACGCCGCGCGCGAGGAGUGGUUCGCCAAGAGACUCGAGAGGCAGCGCGAGCGCGAGCGCAAGGCCGUCAAGAAGUCACAGCAGGAGGACUUCAUCCGCGAGUGGUGGGGUCUGCCCGAGAAGGAUGCCGAGACGAGGAGGAAGGAGGAGGAGAAGAUGAGAAUGGCCGAGAGGGUUGGCGGGUAUGCUGCCCGGGACCGGAAGCGGUAUGAGGAAGAGCAGGCGGCGGCGGCGGCUGCUGCUGCGAAGAGGUGA